AUGACGCGGGACUAUCGUGAGCAGAUUGAGGAGCUGAUUUUCAAUUUCCCAGAAACGGACCAGGAUGUGGGGGUCAGCGAGGACCGCAAGCGAGCCAUGACAGCGGAAUACAUGGACUACGUUAUCUAUGCGAAGAACCAGCGCAACAACCGGACGUACAAGUGGGAAAUGCUGGAGAAGGGCAACCGGUCACCGCUGCAGUUCUGGCAGCUGGAUGCGGACGAUUGGCCGCACCUCAAGUCGCUGGCUCUCACUCUCUUUUCCUUAGCCCCGAGCAGUAUCGCGUCCGAGAAAGCGCUGUGCAAGACCACACUGACCCAGUCCAGCCGGCGGAACAAGCUAUGCUUUGAAGAUAUGCGGCGACUGGCGUUCAUUUGUAUCAACGACUCGCAGUUCUCGGGCAAUCGCGCGAGUGGUGAAGUGCAGAACAACACUGUGCCAGAUUUUACUGUGGGGGACCCCAUAUACCCGGACGGAAUGAUGAUGUGGAUGAUCUGA